CAAACACUGAUAGCGAAGCUCCCAAAUAAUAUUGAUAAGAAAUGAACGACCGUCCAGGAAAUCAGAUAACGUAAAUUAAACAAAUGCAUUUUAUACCCAAGAGAAAUCACUAUAAUAUAGUAAGCUACGGUUCCAUAUCGAUGAAUUGUUUAUACAAUUUCUCCGUGUGCUUUUACGUACGAAUAGAAUUCACUACAAGCAAGUCGACCCCUACGCCCGAGCUAACUGAAAAACCGCACAUGCGCAAACAGUAGUGACUACCUUACACAAAACAAGAACUGACGUGGCGCGUGUUCAGUGCAUUGAAAAUACUCAUAAAUAAUCAUCAUAAAAAUAAUAAAGAACCACAAAUCAAUGUAAGCUUUGUACUUUUAAAAGCAUCGCAUCGUACGCGAAUAACGUCACGCACGCGCGAGCCGCUGUCAAAACAAACCAUCACGUAUUGCGAUGUAAACAUGAACGAGCGUAAGAUAUUACUAUUUACACUCUCUGUAAUUUUUUAUUGCCUAUACAGUGUUCACAUGUGGUUUAUGACAAACGCUGUGACUGAGGAGAAACCGCCGAAGCCCGACACGAUCGCUGAAAAACAUCCAGAAUUGAAACCAAACAUUUCACGCGUCAAAUACGUAGUGAAGACAAAAGUGAUACCAUUAUAUCUGAAAGACGCCUGUAGCGCUUUGGAAAUAUUCACACAAAAACCGCAUAGUUAUAAAAUAAAACGCGAUAAUAUGGAAAUCGAGAACAAUGCUGUGACAGUGAUCGGUAUAACUGUUUUUCUAGUCAUACUAUUGUUGAACGCCUUACUUGACGUUCUCAAAGUGAAAGAAGAAGAGAGAGCAAGGAGGAAGCUGAACCCUAAUGGAGAGAGAAGACAAUCCUUAGCCGAGUUUGCGAACAAGAAAACAUUGCGAAGAGAGUCAAGCAAAUUUGGUCUACAGCUGUUUCAAAUCGCAGAAUCUGUGGUGACCUCGAGCGAAGAGAAUAUGAGCCGCCGUGAAAUUAAGCCCUACACGAGAGGAGAUUCAAUUAAUUCCUAUCUAAGCGAGAAGACAACUAAAAAUGAGAAUUCAGCACCGGCUUCCAUCGGCGAAAUAUCGGAACCGAGAUCUGCAAAGAGGCAAUCGAUUGCCAAGUUAUUUGGAGGUCGACCAGCCCCGAUGGUACGUCGCUCAUCGUACCCAGCCUUACCUCUAAACCCUGAGAUCCAAGCUUUGAUGAUGGGCAGCAAGCAAUCAUCAUUCGACAGCGAUGACGAAGAUGGGAAGGGGCGACGUGUCAGGAUCAUACGUAGAUUUUAAUUAGUUUUCUUCUAAUAAUUUACGCUAUUAAUAAUACAAGGUGACUCGCGAGCAACGAUCCGCUAAUUCACUCGCAUUUCUGAACGUUUAAUUUACUUGAUGAUAUAAACAAAGCAAAUAUUCGUUCGAACUCGAAGACAAAAAUACACGAAUCUUUGCUCUGCAGUGCUAUUCUGUAAAACUUCAUUUCGAAUCUCACUUGUGAAAUGCUGAAAAUUAGCUCAUAUUGCUAUUAUGAUUCGUGUCUCCUUCGAAUAUUAUAAUUAUUAUAGACAAAGUCGCUUAUAACGUUCUGAGAUUUCAACAUCGUUUUCUGCGGUGAGUUUCGAGUUUAUUCUUACAGAGAGCUCAACUGAAUUAUUUCAAUCUAAAAUUAGAUAUUUUAAUUUUAGAUUCAACCCACUUUGUUAGAAUAUGUUAAGCUGUUUAUUAUAAUUUAGUAUUCGUAUAUCCUAUUUACUUUAGUCAAAACGACAUAAUGUUAAAUGUCGACUGUGGAGACUGGAAAGAUUUUUAAUCCAGAUAGAC